UGGUGCAUCGUGUACAUACACUGUGUACACAGGCUAGGCGCUCAGGGCACCAUACCUUUGUACAUGUGCAAUCUUUGGCGAACGCGAAUUUCUCUUUCAUCACGACUCAACAAUAUGAAACCGAUAGCACUGAACGGCCAUGAGCGCGCAAUCACUCGUGUGCGAUACAACCCAGAGGGCGACCUUCUGUUCUCCUGCGCAAAGGACAUACACCCUACCGUAUGGUUUGCAUUGAAUGGGGAGCGCCUCGGCACAUAUGAAGGACACACGGGGGCGGUGUGGUGUUUGGAUGUCAACUGGGACACGUCCAAAGUGUUGACCGGUGCUGGUGAUAAUAGCUGCAGACUAUGGGACUGUGAAACAGGAAAAUGCAUCAACACGUUCGACACAAAGUCUGCUGUGAGGACUUGUGGUUUCACGUACAGCGGAAACACGCUGUUCUACUCCACCGACAAAGCCAUGGGUAACAUGUGCCAGAUCUUCCUGUAUGAUGUCCGUGACCCCCAACAAAUGAAAGAUAACGACCCGUACCUGAAGAUUCCUGUCACAACGCCCAAGGUGACAAGUGCGAUUGCCAGCGGUCUAGACAAAUACAUCCUGACUGGACACGAAGAUGGAUCGUUGGUAAAAUGGCAAAUGGAGACGGGGGAGAAGAUUCACAGCGUGCAGGAGCACAGUCGUCAAGUCAUUGAUGUCCAACCCUCCAAGAAUAGCAAGAUGGUGAUCACGGCCUCUAAGGAUAACACUGCAAAGAUGUUUGAUGCAGACACACUGGAGUUACUGAAGACGUACAAGACAGAAAGACCGGUGAAUUCGGCGGCGAUAUCACCAAAUAAAGACCAUGUUGUUCUCGGUGGAGGCCAAGAAGCCAUGGACGUCACGACCACUUCGUCCAGAAUCGGCAAAUUUGACGCCCGCUUCUUCCACCUCAUCUUUGAGGAAGAGUUUGGCCGUGUCAAAGGUCAUUUUGGACCAAUCAACAGCCUGGCCUAUUCCCCCGACGGAAUGGGAUACACCAGUGGUGGCGAGGACGGCUAUGUCAGAAUACACACGUUCGAUGCACAAUUCCACGAAUUUGAAUUCGAGUAUUAAAACUAGGGUCUGAAUUCAUGUAAAUGUAAAUCACUGUAGAAACUUGAAUGUCAAUUUCUUUAUCUUACAAUGGACCUCGUACUAAAUAUUGGAAACAGAUUGGAUCAAACUUUAUUUUUGUUAGCAGUUGUUAUCCCCCUACUUUCCAUGUAUUGAUAAGAAGCAUCUUACAAUGUCUGUCUUGUCGACUCAAAGUUGGCAUUGCUCAUUUGAGAAAAAAAGUGACUCAUAACACAUGAAGAGUGUUCUACUCUGUGGGACUGUUGCGCAAGUCUUGAGCCAUUCAAAGAUAAACUCACUGCGCUAAUCAAUCCAGAAUAGAACGAAGAUAUUACGAUGUCUCUCUGUUAGAGUGAUCGACAUAACAACGUCUCUCUGUUAGAGUGAUCGACGUGAUGGUACAUGAUCUGUUCUUUUGUAUCAAUUUUAAAGCAUAUUUCGAUUUUCGUUUACAAGAGACUUGUUUUUGUGGGUACAUGUAGCUACAGUUUACUUCUGAAAAAACGGGCCACAAGUUUACGAACGUCGCAUACACCUAUUUUGGGGUAAAUAUCCAAACAAUAUUCCAGAUAUUUUAGAAAACAUGAAAAGCAGUAUUUAUAUAAAGAAAAGUUGUGGUCAGUGUGAAUAAAGAGACAUUUUCAAGUCAAAA